AUGACAGCUGCAAUACGUAUACUAGCAUAUGGAUUUUCGGCUGAUCAUUGUGAUGAGUACCUUAAGAUUGGCGAGAGUACUGCGAUUGAGAGCUUGAAGCACUUUUGUGAUGCCGUCAUUGUGUUGUAUGAGGGACAAUAUCUCCGCUCACCUAACGAACAUGACAUUGCAAGGCUGCUUCAUGAAGGUGAGGAGAGAGGUUUUCCAAGAAUGCUUGGCACGCAUAGGGGGCAUCACAAUAAACCUACUCUUAUACUAGAGGCAGUAGCAUCAAAGGACCUUUGGAUAUGGCAUGCUUUUUUUGGAAUGGCAGGCUCCCAUAAUGAUGUGAAUGUCCUAGAACAUUCCCAAAUUUUUGACAACUUCAUCCAUGGAAGAAUGCCUCCGGUUAAUUAUGUGGUGAACGAGCACCAGUAUACAAUGGGAUAUUACCUCGCGGAUGGUAUAUAUCCGCAAUGGGCAACCUUAAUCCAAUCCAUUCAACACCCGACAAUGGUAAAAGAGAGGUUGUUUUCUCAAAAACAAGAGGCGGCGAGGAAGGAUGUUGAACAAGCGUUUGGUGUGUUGCAGUCCAGAUGGGGCAUAACACAAGGACCAGUCCGUUAUUGGAAAAAAGAUGACUUUUGCAAAAUAAUGAAAACUUGCAUAAUACUACACAAUAUGAUCAUUGAAGACGAGGGUGGCGCUGAUAUUGAAAGCUGGAGACCUCCGCCGGACGAGGCUAUCUCCCCUACAGAAUACACUCGAAACCCCCAGGUUUUGGCAGCACAUGUCUUCUCUCGCCUUCGUAGAAUUCGCAAUAGAGAGACAAAUGCAAUGCUUAAAGUCGAUCUCAUGGAACAUUUGUGGAAUCAUUUUGGUGAUCAAGCUAUUUCAAAUGUUACUGCAUUUCUCUAUUUGCCAUUCAAGCUUAAGCAAAAUGUUUUGGUGAUCAUGCAAUUCAAAAUGUUAGUCCAUUUCAAUAUGUUUAAUCAACACUUUGUUUAG